AUGAACCACCGAGACGAUGCAGGCGAAACCGCACUGCAUGUUCUGGCCCGUACUAUUUCGAACGAGAUUGACAAUAGUAAUGGAUUCAGGAAGAUCUGGGCUUUCAACAUUGAUUGGUUCAAAACGGCCCUCAGUCUGCUCACAUCGAAAGGCGCAGAUAUCAGUGCAGAGGAUGCCAGAAAUAAGAAAUCGCCGCUACGGGUCUUUCUCGAUAAUGCUUUCGAGGUGUCCGAGAAGAGAUUCGACCAGGCCAUUACUCACUCCAAGGCCCUGGGUGCAGAGUUUGGGUCCGGGCGACCGACUUGCGGGAGGAUUGGGAACCAACGCUGGAAAUGCCAUUUCAUCAUGUCUGUAUUGGUUGCCGGGAGCGUCGAGAGCAACGAGUACGGGCUGCAGAUAUUGCUCGAACAACUUCACACGGAACUCCAUGAAGGACACCUUGAGCCUCGGGAAGAACGAUACUAUGAGCAGGCCCUCGAUCCAAUACGCUCACGAUCACUCCCAAAGAAGAACACCGACGUGCUGCACUGA